AUGGCGGCGGGGGGCGACCGCGGCGCGCAGGGGGCGGCCGGCGAGCACGACGGCUACCGCUCGCCGCUCGCCCGCCGCUACGCCAGCGCGGAGAUGUGCGCCCUGUUCAGCGACAGGUACAAGUUCCGGACCUGGCGGCAGCUCUGGCUGUGGCUCGCGGAGGCCGAGCAGACAUUGGGAUUGCCUAUAACGGAUGAACAAAUCCAGGAAAUGAAGUCAAAUCUGGACAACAUCGACUUCAAGAUGGCAGCUGAAGAAGAGAAACAGUUACGGCAUGAUGUGAUGGCUCACGUACACACGUUUGGCCACUGCUGUCCAAAAGCUGCGGGCAUUAUUCACCUUGGUGCCACCUCUUGCUAUGUUGGAGACAAUACAGACCUCAUUAUUCUUAGAAAUGCAUCCAACCUGCUUUUGCCAAAGCUCGCCAGAGUGAUCUCUCGGCUUGCUGACUUUGCCAAGGAGCAUGCCGCUCUUCCCGCCUUGGGGUUCACCCAUUUCCAGCCUGCUCAGUUGACCACAGUUGGGAAGCGCUGCUGCCUUUGGAUUCAGGACCUUUGCAUGGAUCUCCAGAACCUGAAGCGUGUCCAGGAUGACCUGCGCUUCCGAGGAGUGAAGGGCACCACGGGCACUCAGGCCAGCUUCCUGCAGCUCUUUGAAGGAGACCACCAGAAGGUAGAGCAGCUUGACAAGAUGGUGACAGAAAAGGCAGGAUUUAAGAGAGCUUUCAUCAUCACUGGGCAGACCUACACGCGAAAAGUGGAUGUUGAGGUGCUGUUAGCACUGGCUAGCUUGGGGGCGUCUGUGCACAAGAUUUGCAGCGACAUACGACUCCUGGCACACCUGAAGGAGAUGGAGGAGCCCUUUGAGAAACAGCAGAUUGGCUCCAGCGCCAUGGCAUACAAGCGGAACCCUAUGCGCGCUGAGCGAUGCUGCAGCCUGGCCCGGCACCUCAUCACCCUCGUCAUGAACCCGCUGCAGACAGCCGCUGUGCAGUGGUUGGAGCGCACCCUGGACGAUAGUGCCAACAGACGGAUCAGUUUGGCGGAAGCUUUUCUCACUGCAGAUGCUAUACUGAAUACUCUGCAAAAUAUUUCUGAAGGAUUGGUGAUCUACCCCAAAGUGAUUGAGCGGCGCAUUCGGCAAGAGCUGCCUUUCAUGGCCACAGAGAACAUCAUCAUGGCCAUGGUGAAAGCUGGGGGCAACCGCCAGGAUUGCCAUGAGAAAAUUAGAGUGCUUUCCCAGCAGGCAGCCGCGGUAGUCAAGCAGGAAGGGGGUGACAAUGACCUCAUCAAGCGCAUCCAGGCCGAUGCCUACUUCAGUCCCAUUCACUCCCAGUUGGACCAUUUACUAGAUCCGUCCUCCUUCACUGGCCGUGCACCCCAACAGGUACAGAGAUUCUUAGAAGAGGAGGUAUAUCCCCUGCUAAAACCAUAUGAAAGUGUGAUGAAGUUGAAAGCAGAAUUAUGUCUGUAGAGCUGGAAGAGAAUUAAACAAAUUCCUUGUU